AUGAAUUCGUUUCUCACGCACAACACGCUGCCGUACCAUCAACCGACGCAGAUGCACCAGAUGAUGAUGGCUGAGCCCAAGUACUCGCCGCCGGACGACUACGGCAACAUGCAGAACUACAUGGGUUCACCRGAUUUUUUCGGCAGCCCUCACCACCAGCAUCACCACCACCAACAUCAGCACCACCACCCCUCUCAUCACGGCAAUCACCUGGGCCAACAGGCACAACACGUCGGCGGUAGUGGCAGCGGUGUCGGAGGUGGCAGUGGUGGCCACCAGCAAGUGCAGGCCAGCGGUGGCGUGGGUGUCGGUAGCUCGAGUGGCCUAAACGGCGGCGGCCAUUAUCAGGGACACUAUCAGCAACAGAUCCAGGCCAUGUACCCGAGCCCUGGCCAGACGCCAUCGUAUUACACCAGCGCGGCAACCAAUUACGGCGCGUAUCAGAUGCACCACGGUGGACAAAUGCCACUCGAGGCGCAACAACCCCCUGCAUCCCUGAUGCACAACGCCGUGGGGCAACAGUGCCAGGGUGGCAGCAUUAUACCGUCCGGGGCCGGUGGCGGCCUACAGGCGGUGGCUCUCAACGCGGUCAUGUCGCACGACAUCAAGGACGAUUCGUCGCCAUCGCCGCUGCCGUGCCACCUACAACCCAGCCCGUCAUCGUCCAACCACAUGUCCAACAACCCGCUGGACGGAUCAUGCUCUGACGACAUGGAUGACUGCAACACGGACACGGACGAGAUGAUAAUGACCACCGUCAAUGGGUCACCGAUCAUGAUGGACGACAGCGAGUCUUCGGACCGGGUCAUCUAUCCGUGGAUGAAGAAGAACCACGUGGCCGGAAUGCCGAACGGCGCGUAUCAACCGGUGGACGUGAAGAGACAACGGACCGCUUACACUCGGUACCAGGUGCUGGAGCUGGAGAAGGAGUUCCACUUCAACAAGUACCUGACCCGGAGACGGAGGAUCGAGAUCGCCCAUUCGUUGGUGCUGUCUGAACGACAGAUCAAGAUAUGGUUCCAGAACCGGCGAAUGAAGUACAAGAAGGACAACCAUCUGCCCAACACGAAAAACGUGCGUCGGAAAAACGGAAACACGCAACCGGCAGGUAAAAAGUCCCGAGCCAAAAACAACAACAACAACAACAACAACAAUAGCAACAACAAUAACAACAACCAUCAGCAGCCACUAUGCUCGCCGUCCGGGUUGAAAAUUGAUUCGCACGACAUGUCGCCGCAACAACAACCCGAGUUGAGGUUACAACAACAAAACGACGCCGGGUCGACGUCGAUAAUGGCCGCCAUAAUUCCGUCGUCGUCGACGUCUUCGUCUUCGUCAUCGUCGGUCGCAGCUGCGUCGAUCGCUGGACACAACAAUCCGGCCGCAGCCAUGCAGCAACAGCUUCAUCAACAGCAACAACAACAACUCCAACAGCAGCAACAGCAACAGUUACAGCACUGUCUGAACCACCGCGGGCCACCGCACCUGUCCCAACACCUACAGCAACAAGGUUUGGCCAUCGGAGUCGGCGCCGGCGAGUACGGCCUCACUCAGCUGUAACGGCAUGUUAGCAGACCGUGAGCCGCCCGUUUUCCAAGGUAUAAGUUACUUGACAUAAAAUUAAAAUAAACGAAAAAAAAAUACGAAAGUGAAUAAGCGAUCACCACGUUGUAAUUGAUACAUUAUAUACCUAGGUACUAUUUAACAUAACCAUAUUGUCAUUAUACACUGCAGACACAUCUUAAUUUCUUCAGGCAUCAUAUACGUCAUGACCGGUGUCUUCUUUGCACUGUAUACGAGUCUUUCUCCCCACGUUCAGAUGAUUAUUAUACAUAGGUAUAUAUACCUUCAAACCUUCGGGUCCAAAAGUCCCCGAGGGAUCGAUUGAUUUUGCGUCCGUUUGACUGACACCAAACUAUCCUGAUUUAUAACCAAUACCUAGGUACUUAUGAUAUACGCGAUUGCUGCGGCCGAUUUUCCAUAUUAUACCAUAAUAAUUGUCGUCUGUGAUUAUACCAAAAACGCGAUGAAUAUUGUAGUAUUGCGUGUGAUGAAUUUAAUAAUAUAGUCUGCAGCAUAAAUUUAUUAAUUUGAGUUAUCAGAUUUAUGGUCUGCAGCGGGUAUAUUAUGUUUUAAUUACAUUUAAAAAAAAUGYAUGCCUAAUUCCUAUUUUGUGAUCUAUAAUAUCGUAUUAAGUAUUCAUGCUAGCUAGACAAUGGGCUUAUUGAAAUCUUCUGGCGAAAUAAUUUCCAACGCACGUUGUGUACACAUAAAAUAUAAAUCGGUUAAAAUGUCUAUAUUUAUGGGAAAAAAUGUUAUUUAAUGUUAAUAUCUCUUACAAUUUAGAUCUUUUUUUGUCCAAUCGUUUUGUUUUCGUUACGAUAAAAAGAUUCUAUAUAGGUAUACUACAUAAUAAUUUAUAUAAUUUAUAAAAUAGAA